AUGAAGGAGUUGGAUAGAAAGGCUGCUGCUUUUGAUGCGCUUGCUGUGCGACAACAGUGGUCGCCACAGAAGCCAAAUGGUCCGUAUGGUGAUGGGUCGAAAGGAAAAGGGAAAGGUAAGGGUGGUAGGAAGUGUUUUACUUGGAUUCGUCAAGGACCUGGUCGUGGUUUGAAUUGUGGGAACCCUUCGUGCUCUUUUGAUCAUUCUUUGCCUAGUACUCGCUCUGAAGCUCAAGAUAUUAAGAAUUUUGCUCGUUCGUUGAAUGAUUGGAGCCUCGAUCUUGAUUAUGAUAGUGAGCAUCCUCGUGUCGUUUCUGCCCCGUCGGGGUCGUCCAACACCACUGUAGCAAGCAACGCGAGCACUGUGUCGCCUGCCAGUGCUGCAGUUGUAGCAGAAUCGUCGGGAUGA